UUUGAUAAUAUUUUACAGACUGAGAGGGCCUAUCAAAAGCAGGCACCAAUUUUUCAAAAUAAGAAACGUGUCUUGGGUCAACCUGGCAAGAAGAAGGAACUUCGAUAUGUGAGGAAUGUUGGUCUGGGAUUCAAAACUCCCAAAGACGUAAGUUCGGUUUACUUGUGGGUGCAUGGAAGCCAUUAUUCCUCAGACUUGCUGCCAAUAAACAGAAAAAGCUUUUUCUGUUUUUUUUAUUGUUCUCUCAGGGGUUACAAAAUGCUUAAGAUUCAAAAUAUUUCUGUGGAGUGAUUCUGAGUAAUUUUUUGUGUUCUCUCAAAUUGUCUUUAAUGAAGGGAAAACAAUAAUAUCACCAGGGAAGUGCAAACAACAUACUUGAAGUAUUUAUAAAUACACUUUCAUUCAAGACAUAAAAACCUUGAUGUGUAGCAAAUGUGAAGUUCCUUUUAAAAAAAAACUGUCUGUGAUGACUGCAACGAUUUUAUAAUUCUCUUGACAGGCCAUUGAGGGAACUUACAUUGACAAGAAGUGCCCCUUUACAGGAAAUGUAAGCAUCCGAGGUCGUAUUCUGACAGGUAUUGUUGCGAGCCAGAAAAUGAAGCGCACAAUUGUCAUCAGGCGUGAUUAUCUGCAUCACAUCAAAAAGUACAACCGAUUUGAGAAACGUCACAAGAAUCUUUCAGCCCAUUUAUCACCUUGCUUCAGGUUUGUUUCACUUGUUUUUAUAAAAACUAUGAUUAGCCAUUAACCAUACUGUGAUAUUUUCUUAAAGUUUAUUUACACAUUGAUUUGCCAGGAAAUUAGCCUACUGCUUGAUCUUGCAGUGUCUUAUCAAAGCUACCAAUUACUGUUUUGGUAUUUUAGAGACUUUUCAUUGGAUCUCAAUAUCAUAUCAUAAUUUGGAUCCCAACACCAUAUCAUGUGUAAAUUUUAUACUUCACUGGUUUAUUUAGUUAACUCAUGACAAUGUCAUUAGAAAUGUGCUGAUCAGUAGAACUGUCAGUUUCUAAAGACGUACACAGUAGAAUCUCAUCUCACAUGUUCGGUACAUGUGGCUAUGUGUACCAACACCCAGUCCUUGAUACAUCUUACCAAUUCAAUUGCUGUAAUUGUAGACUCUGUGAAUAUAAUGAUUUUAUUGUUUAUUGUCAUUUAAGGGUUGCUUGUGCUUGGGGAUGUUGUUAGAAACCCACCAGCUGUCAGACUAUUUUUCACAAGCUAAAUUAUGAAUUGUCUGGCUUUGAAAUAUUAUCUCAAAUACAUUGUUCCAGAAUGUCAAAAAUUGCCCUCAGCGAGUUUUAAAUGAUAAAUUUUUCUGGGAGAGCAUGCCCUUAGAUUUCCCCUUUUAGUAACAGGCCAUGCUUACAAUGCAAACAUAAACUAGUUCAGCUGCCUACUCAGCUCAAAUCAUGCAUCUAUCACACUUACUGAUAAGAACCCUGUGACCUGCACUUGCUCUUUGCUGGUUUCUGUCUCAAUUGACUCAUAUUCUUUCCUGAUAGGGACGUCAACCUCGGUGAUGUAGUCACUGUUGGUCAGUGCCGUCCGCUCAGUAAGACAGUACGUUUCAAUGUGCUGAAGGUCAGCAAAGGAAAAACAAGCAAGGACAAGAAACAAUUUGAGAAAUUCUAA